UUUCGAAUUUGCCCCGUCGAUAUCAACAGCAUGUCGUCGAUCGUGCAAUGCCUUGCCCGCCACUGGACGUCCAAUCCGCCCGUGAAGACUGUCGAGCAGAUCGAAGCCGAGAGGUACUUGUUCUGCGUGCCAUGGUUCGGCAACCGGUACUUUACGUCCAAGCUGGUCAAGUUUAACCGGUGGUACCUCUUCGUCGCGUCCUUCUUGUGUCAAUUCUGCUGCGGGUCGCUGUAUUCGUGGUCUAUCUACAACACCCCCAUCGACACGUACAUUUACAAGAACGCCACGGCCGGGAACGCCGUGUACACGUUCUACAUUGCAUGCGGACUCUUGGGCUCCACGGCGGCCCUGCUCGGUCCGUGGCUCGAACGCAACGGCCCUCGCGCCGGCAUGUCCCUCGGGUCGUCGUGCUUUCUCAUCGGGUACAUCAUUGCCGCCAUCUCGCUCGCCAACGAAUCCAUGGUCGGCGUGUACCUUGGGUACGGCCUCGUGUCUGGGUUUGGGCUCGGCAUCAACUACAUUUCCCCGGUGUCAGCGCUGCAAAAGUGGUUCCCCGACAUGCGCGGGACCGCCGCGGGGUUUGCCGUCGGUGGCUUUGGCGCUGGCUCCAUCGUGUGGGGCAAAGUGUACUUGCCGGCCAUCAAAGCGUUCGGGCUGCCCGGGUCGUUCUUGUUUCUGGGCAUCGUCAUGUCGUCGGUCAUGUUCUUCUGCGCGCUGUGCAUGCGGACGCCUCCCCCGGGCUUCAACGUCGGCGGCAUCAACAUCCACGGCGUCGUGCACGUCGAAGGCGAAGACGACCACUUGAUCGAACAAGCCGACCAAGUUGAUGGCAAGGAAAUCAAAAGCAUUCAAUCGCCCGGUGUGACCAAAGACAACAUCACCGAGUACGAAGCCGUCAACGACGACGGGGGCCGCGACGUCCACGAAGCCCACGCCAAGCACCAGGACGGGUACAAGAACGUCAAGAACAUGAGCAUGAUCAGCUGCCUCCUCUCGGCCGACUUUUUCUUCAUGUACUUCAUGUUGUUCGGGAAUAUUGUGUUUGGGCUUGUCGUGCUCUCCCGCCUUGCACCCAUGGCCACGGGGGUAUUCGGGCAGACUGACGACGAAGGCGCGACCGUCGUCUCGAUCAACGGCGCGUUCAACUGCUGCGGUCGUCUGUUCGUGCCCAUGUUGUCCGACCUGCUCGUGCGCCUCUUUCACUUGAACCCGCCGUUCGCGCGGAAGUGCAUCUUUUUCACGACCCUUGUCACGCAAAUGGUCAUUCUCAUCACGUUGCCCACGAUCAUGCGCAACAAGAACUACGACCUGUUCCGGUUCGAGAUCUGGCUGCUCACGCUCUGCUACGGCGGCGGCUUCGGCACCAUCCCCGCCUUCCUCACCGACAUGUUUGGCGCGUACAACAUUGGCGCGCUCCACGGAUUCAUCUUGACCGCGUGGUCCAUCGCGGGCGUCGGCGGCGGCCUCGGCUUCACCUUCAACUUCAACCACUUGUACAAGGUCGAUAAGAUCCCGCUCGUCGAAGCGUACAUCCAAAACAUUCACUGGAUCGUCGCCACGACCAUCGUCGGUGUUGUGGCUCUCUUUGGCGUGCGCACGAACCCCGUGGACCGCUUCGCGCCCGGCUACCAGUUCAGCAUCUGCGGCAAGCCCAUCCUUCGCAUUGGCCAGAACAAGGCGACCUAACGUGAGAUGAUGGAUGUCUUUUUCAUAUGUAUUAAUAAUACCAAACUUCGUUGAGAAAAUAUAAGGAUUUUUGGUGGGGAGAAUUAUUGUAAAAUUAAUUGACAAUUAAAUACAGAAACCAG